AAGUCAACAGCAACUUCAGCUCAUAAGAAAUUUUUACUUAAUUAUCACUGUGUCCAGUGUCCAAAACCAACGUGGUUUCUGCCCUGUUUUAACCUAACUAAAAAAAGGCAGGUGGCUAUGCACCUCUGUCUUAAGCCGCAACAAAUGUGGUACACAAGGUUAAAAGGGCAAUUAUUCUGGAGGAUUUUGUCAGUAGCUGUUAAUAUUAAACUCUAUGAGACGUAAAUGUGGUGGGAUGUCUUAUAAAAAAAAGAGAGAAACCUCGCACCCUCCCUUUUUCUUCCACGUUUUUACAUUUUAUAUAGUUGACACUGCAGCAUGGUAGCAUGUUACCGAAGCUGCAGAAGGCUUGCUGCUUUGUCCAAGGUAGACACACGCAUGUGGUCUGGCCUGUAAGAGGCACGCGGCAGGCCACCGAACCAGCCCAAAGGCCCUAUAACAAUGUUCUUGGGCCUUGUAAGAGACAAAUGCUUUGCUUCAUCUCCAUCGCUUUCCUUUCUUGGCACUGCUUUCUUUUUUUUUCCUCUCUUAAAGAGCCUUCUGCUCUUUCAUGCCAUUAAGCUUUUGCAAAUCUUUAUUGAUGAACUAACAGUGAAGCUUCUGAUCAUAUUUCACUUUCUCACUAACUCACUCUCAGAUUAAAUGUUAAUAUCAUUAAGCCAAGGAGAAAUGAAGCCAUUUAUAUGCAGUCCCUAUUCCAGUGUGCACUGCAGUGAGCAGUAAUCUUAGCCAGUGCUUGCGGUUUAUGGCUGGGCAGGCAGAUAGUUAGGUACGGUACAGGAGAGUUACCUGCCUUUUAAUUUUGUUAGUUCCAGCCAGACUGCAUUGAGCACUUCGUGAUGCUUAAUUUCACUGUCAUUUGUAGCUAUUAGGAUACUGCAGAAACUGAUUACUGGUGAGGAAGCUUACAUUCCUGGUGGUAUGUUCAUGCCACAUAAUUUUUAAAGGCAGAAAAAUCCCUAAUACACCAAAGAAAUUCCCAAAUGCCAAAGAAAUUGUAGUCUAAACGAAUGCACUCAAAUGGUGGCACCUCUUUUGGUGAUAGAACUGUCCUCCUUCUAAGUAUUAUGCCAGACCCUUGAUUUUCUGUUGUCAGAGUGACACAAGUCUCAUAAAUAUGCUUACUGCCCUCAAACUAUUAAACAGUUUUCCCCCCUGAACUAUCCGUCUUGGCUUUUACAGGCAGAUUUCAGUUUGCUUUCGUGUUUCUUUGUAAUGUCUUCUCCUGUCUCUCAUGGCCAUUUCUGCUUGUUGCUUGUUUUUCAUAACUUCUUCCACCUUUAAAAGCAAUAACUUAAAACUUUAUCACUUUUGAAUUAAUAUGUUGCACUUAUCCAAAUCUGCAUUUCCUAUUCUAGCACGUUUGUGGAAAACGAGGAAUACGUAACUCGCAUAUGACAUGAUCUAGGUGUACCACUUUUUACAUAAAGUUCAUGGGAUCUGGAGCUCCAGUCUUGAGAGCCAUGAAAUGCCAUAAAUGUUUGUAAUAAAACUUUAUUUAAACACCCAUUUUGUUCGACCUUGAAGCUUUACUAAUAUGCUGAAGAACAAACAGCCGAUGCCAGUGAAUAUUCGGGCUACCAUGCAGCAGCAGCAGCAACUGGCCAGUGCCAGAAACAGAAGACUGGCCCAGCAGAUGGAGAAUAGACCUUCUGUUCAGGCUGCCUUGAAGCUCAAGCAGAGCUUAAAGCAGCGCCUGGGUAAAAGUAACAUCCAGGCACGAUUAGGCCGGCCAGCAGGACCCCUGGCUCGUGGAGCUGUUGGAGGACGAGGGCUACCUAUGGGUCAGAGAGGUUUGCCACGAGGAGCCAUGCGUGGUGGACGUGGAGCGAGGGCGUUGCUGAGAGGAGGCAUUCCCCUCAGAGGUCAGAGUUUACUUCGUGGAGGACGUGGUAUAUCCCCUAGGAUGGGCCUGAGAAGAGGUGGCGUUAGAGGUCGUGGUGGACCUGGGAGAGGUGGUCUAGGCAGAGGAGCCAUGGGUCGUGGAGGAAUUGGUGGCAGAGGUCGUGGCAUGGCAGGCCGGGGAAGAGGGGGCUUUGGUGGUCGUGGCAGAGGCAGAGGACGAGGAAGAGGGUCUGCACGUCCUGCAUUGACCAAGGAACAACUGGACAACCAAUUAGAUGCUUACAUGUCUAAAACAAAAGGACACCUCGAUGCUGAGCUGGAUGCUUACAUGGCUCAGACAGAUCCAGAAACUAAUGACUGAUGGUCCUUCUGAUAGACUCUCAUUGAAGUUAAUGUGUAUGUCAAUGCCCAUAAGCUAAAAAUGGAAAAACCUGAUUCAUGCUGGAAGGACCCGCAGGAACAGGGGCGGCCCUGUUCUACCAAGAGAUCAGAUUUUAGUGUGUUCCUCUUACAUUUUUAUACUAUAUGUUGUAUGAAACCUUUUUUGGAUUGUUUUUUAUAAUUUUUCCUAACUACUCUGAACAUGAAUGUGACAGACGAGCUGCAGAUACAGCCACUGACAUCAGUGCUGGUGUGUGCUCAGCACGCCAGCCCAGCUGCGAUGGCACGCUACGUUCCUUUGUGCUUAUGAAGGGGAAAAGUUGCAUGUACGCCACAAUCUGUGCUUCUUUAGGUGAAGUGCUCGUUGGUGCUGAAUACAAGCUAUGGGAUCACAUGGUUAUAUGUGCCUGUUACUCUUAAUGGUUUGUUUCAGGAUAGGAGUUGAUCCCAUAGUGUAGCUAAAGGGUAAAUAUCUAUGUUUGCAGUUUGAUUGUUGCAAUAACCUCAUUUGAAGUAAACAUAGCAAAACGUCUCCCUCCAGGACUGCCUAAUCAAUCAAAUUCAGGUUAAGGAAGAUAGUGCUUCUCUAUUGUAGACAUGUCCAUCUUUUAUUUUGUACCAAAAGUUCAUCCCCACUGGUUGCUAGCAUUCUAACAGUAGUACAGAGAGGAUUUUCUAGGUUAAAGGCUGUUUUUCUGAUAAAAUUUGAAUUUCAUUUGUAUCAUGUUUGAAGGGAUGGCACUAAUGGCUUCUGUGUACCAAAAUCUAGAAAAAGAACGAGCUUUUGUUUUAAGGAUCUUGAAACAAGCACAUUAAUGACGUCUGUGAAAGAAAAUCAUGGGUAGAAUAGUCUCUCCAAAAUAGUGGGUCCAAAAUUGGUUUUAUCAACAAGUGCUGUUACCUUUCAGUGUAACCAAAACUGAAUUUUCAAUCCAGACCAACUUUGGUGACUUCUAUGGCGCAUUUAACCUAGGUUGGUUUUAGAAGUUGAGAAGGGGUUUGCUUCUCUCUCCCCUCCUUCCCCCCCUCCCCGGAAGAUUUAAGUUCAACCAUCCUGUGAACUGUUCCAGUUUCAAUGGAAUCUUGUAUUUCUUGUUCGUUGUGACAAAGGAGAAACAAUUAUAAAAAUGGUAUGUGGA